AUGGCACAGGCCUAUCCUGGUGAUCAACAAUGGGAUGGUGAGGACUUCUCACGGAUUAGAUUACACCAUCCCGUAUGGAUACCAGAUAGGUUUUGGCUGCAGAUGAUUGAUAUGGUUUGGGAUACCGAGGCUUGGAAAAGGAAAUCCAGGAUCAAUCGGGCCAAUCGAAACACCCAAUUUGAGGGGGUGUCGUCCAGACACACUGGGGGAUCGAUUAGUACGACACAACAUCGAGACAAGAUGGCACAAGUAAUGGGUCGUGAGCCUACUGCUACUGAGGUGUUUGAGCGCACUCACUGCACGAACCGGAAGUUCGAUCAAGGUUCGUCCGACCCGCCUACCGAUCCUCCUCAGUUCAGUUACCCGAAAGCUGCUAGGUAUCAUGAGCGAUUUCAAUCGCUUAGGGGUGAGUCAAAAUCUAGUACCGACAGCCCUCUCCCUGAUGAGGCAUCUCUUUGGGARCAAAGUGUCGGAGGACGGAGGAAAGGCCGAAUAUUUGGUUUCGGGACCACCCAGGAUCCCUCUUAUGCUAUGACAAAGGAGGAGGCACAGUUACGGGAGGAAUGUCAUCUGGCCGAAAUGGAGGACGAACGGAGGAAGAGGGCAGAUUUGGAGGCCGAACAGGCCAGACAAACUGCUGCAUUAGCCCAACAGGCCGCAUUAUCGGAGCAUUUUGCUACGUUUAUGCGACAGUCAGGAUACGUUUUCCCAACUCCCCCACCUCCCGAUAGUUAG